CAGCCUAUCCUGCGCCCAACACUUGGCGCGCUGCUGUGACGUAGGGGCGGUGGCCGCGGCGCUCUGCGUCCACUGGCCUCGAGGCCAUGCCCAAACGGGGCUCCCCUUUUGCGGACGGAGCCCCACUUCAGCUCAAAGUCCGCGUGGGCCUGAAGGAGCUCAGCCGUGGCGUGUGUGCAGAGCGGUACUCGCGGGAGAUCUUCGAAAAGACCAAGCAGCUGCUUUUCCAUGGGGCCCAGGCCUGCAGAGACCAUGUGUGGGGUGAAAGCUGUGCCAUUGUACACCUGCCAGAGUCCCCGAAGCCUGGCCCUACAGAGACACCUCGAGCUGCAAGAGGCCAGCUGCUGAUUGGACCCGAUGGUCAACUGAUCAGGAGCAGUGCCCAGGCCUCCAAAGCUGACCUGUCCCGGGCAGCGUCCCGUGCCUGCUCAUCAUGCGUGCGAGCUGUGGAUGGGAAGGUGGUCUGCAGCCAGUGCGAGCGGGCCCUGUGUGGGCAGUGCACGCGCACCUGCUGGGGCUGUGGCGCCGUGGCCUGUUCCCUGUGUGGCCUUGUAGACUGCAGCGAUGUGUGUGAGAAGGCACUUUGCAGCAGCUGCGCCAUGUUCGAUGCCUGAGGCCGUGUGUCAGCGAGGAAGAGGAGGAGGAGCAGCAGCAGCAGCAAGCAUGCGCAUUCGUGUGUGUGUGUGUGUGUGUGUGUGUGUUUUGUACUUUGAUGACAAGUGAAUAAAGCCCUUUAUAUUUGCA